GACGUGAAGGCCCCGCGCACGCCUCCUCACCAUCCGGGUCGGUGCCCGCCCUCGCUGUGCUGUCCGCGGCCCCAUGGAGAAGACGGAGCUGAUCCAGAAGGCCAAGCUGGCCAAGCAGGCCAAGCGCUACGACGACACGGCCACCUGCAUGAAGGCCGUGACGGAGCAGGGCAACGAGCUGUCCAACGAGGAGCGCAGCCUGCUCUCGGUGGCCUACAAGAACGUGGGCGGGGGCCGCAGGGCAGCCUGGAGGGUCAUCUGGAGCAUCCAGCAGAAGAGCAACGCCUCCGACAAGAAGUUGCAGCUGAUUAAGGACUACCGGGAGAAAGUGGAGUCCGAACUGAGGUCCAUCUGCACCACGGUCCUGGAAUUGUUGGAUACGUAUUUAAUAGCCAGUGCAACUAAUCCAGAGAGUAAGGGCUUCUACCUGAAAAUGAAGGGAGACUACUUCCGGUACCUUGCUGAAGUUGCUUGCGGUGAUGAUCCGAAACAAACGAUAGAUAAUUCCCAAGGAGCUUACCAAGAGGCUUUUGAUAUAAGCAAGAAAGAGAUGCAACCCACACACCCAAUCUGCCUGGAGCUGGCUCUUAACUUUUCUGUAUCUUACUAUGAGAUCCUUAAUAACCCAGAACUUGCCUGCACACUGGCUAAAACGGCUUUUGAUGAGGCCAUUGCAGAACUUGAUACACUGAAUGAAGACUCCUACAAAGACAGCACCUUCAUCAUGCAGUUGCUUAGAGACAACCUAACAUGAUGGACAUCAG